CUUCUGUUUACUUACUGGUGUUUCCUAUUUACGCAGCGCCCAUUACGUAAAAAGCUUUAUCGCCUUUAUAUAGAUCCACUCAUGUUUGGCUUGCUCCAGAUUGAUUCUCGACUUACCAAGGAAAACAACACAUAACAAAACAAUAAUAAUGGAACAGAUGCAGACGACACACGUAGUCCUGGCUGUGGCUUUCCUUGGCACCCUCGUCUGUGGAAUCCCUCGCAGCACUGAGGUUCCGAAGAUCCCUUGCCCUAUUGAGGUUUCCCAUGAAUGCCCCAGUGUGGACGGCCCGACCCCCUUGUACCUGGCCCACCCUGAUGACUGCAGCAAGUUCUGUGUGUGUGAUGACCAAGUGGCGUACGAGAAGGACUGCUUGCCGGGACUGGUGUUUGAUGAAGUGAUCCACGUGUGCAACUGGCCCUACAAUGUGGACUGCGGCACCCGGCCCAUUCCUCCCAAGUGAUCACCUGAGGACUGAACCAGCGUCUCGUGUCUCCUGCCCACUCCUCAUGACAACCUGUACACCCUCUGCCUGUCCUCACUUCAGCGACAGUAACAGAGGCAGGUAUCAUGAAGAAUAGAUAGGAAGAUUUAAAGGAGAAAUUGUUCAUGGGUCUUAAUAAAUCCUGUUUUGUG